UUGCACCUUUUCAUCUACUCAGCUAGAUGUUAUCCUGCUGAUGAUGAUGGAAAGAAUUUGACUCCUCCACAAGAAUGUUAUCAUCGUUAUGCCAACAAUGAUCAUCACAAGAUCUUCGCUGAAUUCAUGCAUCGCAAAAAUACUUCGCAUUAUUCGCCUAUUUCACCAACAUACAAUCAAGCAUUAUUGCGAAUGAAUAUGGACAAUUUACGGCACGGCAAGCAGAUAACAAUGAGCUCUACUAAGUGUGAUAGUCGUAAACCACCUGUAGUGAGUGCAGAAACGCCGUUACGUGAACGAGCUCUCUGCAAAUUCGAAUACGUACUCAACUAUAAUCCAAAUAGGCUACCAGCUGCACUUACAGAAGUAGAAUGCAGCUGUCAGCGUCCCAAUCCUAAACUUGUAGGAAAACGAAUAUUUGAAUGCGAAGCCCUACGAUAUCAGGUUCGAGUAAUGAUAUUCGAUGAGGAAUGUAAUUCUUUCACAGAACAAAUCGAGAAUAUAGCAUUGGCAUGCAUUCCAGUAUUACAAGCAAAUGCAAAUGCUGAAGGAGAAGCCGAUUUCAUAUUCCCAUUGAAAGCAGAUGUGCCAACAUAA